AUGCGCCAAGAUGUGUUGAAAUUCCAUCAUCUUCACGCCAUCGACGAUAAGACACUCUACGGAGCCACGUCUUACCAAGUCCGAGAUCACUUCCAGUCCUGGGUCCCAAAGAACCUUGAGGACCGUCUCCGGCCGGACGCUACUAACCCGCAGAACGACGUGGACUGGGUACACGCAACAUCCACGCCCAGAUACGAAUAUUGUCUCUUUGUGGAUGAUGUCUGCCUCGAGUCCGUGGACCAUCUCGGUGUCAACUCGCCAGUUGUGAAGCUUUUGCGCAAGAACUGGGAGUCCCCAUUACCCCCACAGGAGAGGAACUAUACAGUUCCCGCCCCGUUCCAUGAUGGUGCCACAGAGUACCACGAGGAAGAUGUGGGCUGGGUGUACAUGCCACUGCAGGAAUACCUUUACAAGUAUGACUUGCUCGGAAAAGGUGACUGGGAUGACCAGUAUGUGAGACCCCCUUACAUUGACGGAACCGAGGACGAGGGUGGAUUUGUAGGACAUUGA